AUGCUGCCAGCGGACGAGGACCAAUCCAACGAGCACGCCGUCACGAAAAGGCAGCGCAUCAAGGAUGGGGCAUGGGUGCGUGUUGUGGCCGGUAUCCAGGUCGUGGACGGCAACAGGAAUCUGGCCAUCUUCCGCGUCAGACCCGUGGAUGAUCACAACGAGAUCGUGUUCCACAGGCUGGAUGUCGUGGCAACCCAUCUCGCGCAGACGCGGAAAAAGACUGGUGCUAAGGGUGCAGGUGUUGGAAUUGCUGCCGGCGGUGGGUUUGGAGGGGCGGGGAAUACGGGCAUGGCGGAUAUGGGGAAUGCGGUCACGGACUCAUUGGCUCUCAACCCGAUUCAGAGAGCGGCCUAUGACUACGUGCAGGCGAGGCAUGCGCCUGAUGGGCCGGGGGUGAGUGUUGAAGAUAUAUUGAGGGAUGUUUCGGGCUUUAGUAAUGUACAGAGUGUUAAGGAAGUGAUGGAGCAUCUUGCGAGUGAUGGUCACGUUUUCACAACGGUCGAUGAAAACCAUUACUCGUUCUGUCACGUUUAA